AUGCACAGCGGGGUUCGUCCUCCGGCAGGGUCUCCCAAGCUGAGAAGGAGUUCGACACAUCCGACAUUCCGACUUCUCGGAAUCGGAAGCCUAGCUAAGAGUAAACCACUGCUAAGAUUCACCACCGUCUUGGCAAAAUGUCGCAAGGUCACCGUGGCAGGGCUGUUUAGUUUGGGGAAAACUCUUUUUGCCACUCCAGCAAAAUCACUGCCUCAGUAUCCUGAACACUGGGCCCUGCCGUCUCCGACGUCGGACGGUAUGGCGACUGGUGAGAGGCGACCAAAUCUCAGGUUGCUCAGCACGUCAUUGAUUCUGGAGCAAAGCGACACACGCGCGACUCGCCAUGGAGACUGUCUCAGACUAUGUACUUACAACGAGAGAACAGUGUCCACAGACGCUAACCUGCAUGCCCUUCUCGGAGCUGGAGAGCGUAUCAAAUUUCACGUGAUUGCUCUGCAGGAGACGAAGUGCAAAAGGAACGACGUACCACAGAUGAAUGACGGUACACUCGUCAUUCGUGGAGAGAAGGUUUCGUCGCGAAAUGUAGGCAGUGUUGGUUUUGUUGUGUACCCAUCUGUCGUCCACCCUGUCGAUUUUUACGAGAUCCUGUCACAUCGUCUGGCCAUUCUUCGCUUCUGA